AAUAUUCCUUGAGGAUUUUAAUCAUAAUAUCCAAUGAAGUUACAGUACAGUAUUGUAUUGUGCCCUGUAUUGUAGGCCAAUAUCUUCCACAUUAUUGCAGCCUUUUAAGAUUUGAAAUUGGGAAUUUUCCAGUUCAAUUGAAAGAUGAUCACAUUAAAAAUUUCUCUAAUUUUCCUGAUUUGUAUAUGGUCUCUAGAUGUUUCAGUAUGUGUAUUCCAGAAUGCAACUGAUCCCCCAGUGGCACCAGUUCCAGACAAACCGGAAAAUUCAACGGGUUCGCCACCUGCACCAGGUCCAGUGUCGUCAAACGAAGCGGGAAAUUCAACGGGUUCGCCACCUGCACCAGGUCCAGUGUCGUCAAACGAAGCAGAAAAUUCAACGGGUUCGCCACCUGCACCAGGUCCAGUGUCGUCAAACGAACCGGAAAAUUCAACGGGUUCGCCACCUGCACCAGGUCCAGUGUCGUCAUACAAACCACACAAAUUUUUGAUUUCACCAGCUCAACCAGCAGGCGUGCCAACUAUAUUUGCAAAACAAGUUGAUUUGAAGCAACAAGCCACAUAUUUCAAUAGUCUGAUCUCUCAGCAUAAAUUGGACCAAAUGGCCAUUGAUCUGGCUAAAUUAACUUGUGAACAGAGAAUGCAGGUCAAAGUGGAAUAUACGAACGCCUAUUCUCGUUCCAUAGAACAGGAUAUAGAUGGCAAGACGAAGAAGACAUUUAUGCGACUGCUCUACGCUUUAAUUCAGCCUAUGCCUGAGCUGAUGGCUGCCACUAUUGAUUGGUCGAUAACUCAGAAACAAGAUUUUCUUUACGUAUCACUGAUAUGUACAACUCCUGCCGAUCUACUCACUCAGAUUGCAAACACAUAUGCAGCAAAAAACAAUAAGAAAUUAGUUGAUGCCAUUAUGCAAAAUAUGAAAGAUGUGGAUGGCCAAGACUUUUUAAGUGACAUUGUGAAUGCUGUAACUGGAUUUGAAUCUAUGGUGCAAACAAGACCCAAUAAUACUAUUUCAGAAGACUUGAUUCAAACACAAGUAAACUAUAUACCUCAGGCUCAAGGUAAUUGUUCAGAGAAAGAUAAUCCUGACCUGUACAAAUUUAUGGGUGGUGCAAGCUUCGCGCAAAUUGCGGCUGUAGUGAAGGCAUUCCAGCAGAAGACCUCUCUCUCGGCUGCAUCUCAGAUUCGCCAAUUCUGCAAUGGAAUUCUCAGCGAGGCAUAUUCCAGGAUUGUGAUCUUUGCUGAGGACCCUGUGAGCUAUUGGACCACAGAGGUUUAUAACUCUAUGGGCUAUGGUAAAACUAUUGACAGAGGCCUAACUGUAGCAGUACUCUACCGAAGUGAGAUCGAUCUGGCCUCAAUCAGAGACUCAUUUAAAACUACAUACCACAAUGAUCUUGUCGAUUUCAUCAAGAGUCAUUGCUCAGAAACGUAUGAGAAAGUCAUGGAGAAUAUCGUCAGUGGAGUACAGGAGUGACAAACUACUCAAAAUGAAAAACUUACUCAAGAGAUGCAAUAACCCACUUGUAUUUAUGGACACGAGAGAGAGAGAGAGUGAGAGAGGGGAGAAAAUUCUGCACGAUAUCUCUGACUUUCUCACUCCCCUUGAACACUCUUAACGUUUGGUAUUUUUUACCAGAUAGUAUACAAUAGAAGUUCUGAAUAUCUUAAUAGAGUGAACCAGAGCAAUUAUGCAAAUACAUUGAACUGUUUUAAGGAAUUUGGUAAAAACCUUAUAAUAAGCUUCCUGCACAUUUGAAGGAGCUAGAAGUGUGUAAUUUUAAGAGAACCAUAAAAAAGGUUUCAAUAGAAAUAUGCCCAUAUAGAAAGAGGAGUUUCUAAUUUGAGGGUAUUUUGUUUACUGUUUAUGUAUGCUUGCGUUUUAAUUUUUAUUUCUUUGAAUACCGUACUUUGUUUGAAUCAUGUUUGAUUUUUGACGAUGCUUUGCAUUUGUAUAAAUGUUUUCUGUAAUAAAGAAAUCUUGAAUCAUUUCA